CCCCCACCUUCCACGAUUAUGGGGAGGGACGGCGGUGGAAACAAAUACGCCGGAACUACUUCUCCUUCUGCAGAGAAUUACAUCGCCCGUCAUGGAAAGGAGAAAAACGGCGCCGGUGGACAUGGUGGGACGGUGGAGCCGUCGUGCUACUUGAGCUCGUCAAUCUACUACGGCGGCCAAGAGAAUUACAACUCCUCUUCCUCCCCGCCGGCCCACGGGAACCCCUCCGCCGCCGCCCGUCACAACACUACUACCGACGACCCAAAUGGCAACAACAACAACGCUAACUCUGCCUCUAGAGGCAACUGGUGGAAAGGUUCGCUUUAUUACUGAUCUAUAACGCCCGGCACCUAAUGAUCUAAUUAAGGUAU